GGCGGCGGCGGCCUCGGGCUGCCCGGGGCGGCUCGUGCUGGAGGCGCUGGGCGGGGCCCGGCCCCUGCCCGGCCUGGUGCGCGGCCUGCGGGACAGCGGCCAGAACCUGCAGGCCCUGGGAGGCCUGAUCGGGGCCACCAAUGCCCGGCUGGGCACCCUCAAGACACGGUUCGAGGGGCUGUGUCUGCUCUCCCUGCUGGUGAGUGAGAGCCCCACGGAGCCGUUCCAGCAGCACUGCCUGGCCUGGCUGCGUGCCCUGCAGCACCUGCUCCAGUCCCAGGACCCUGCCCCCACCAUGGCGCUGGGGGUGGCCGUGCUGCGGGACCUGCUGCUCUACUCCUGCCAGCUGCCCGAGCUGGCGCGGGACAUCGCCACCAACCACAUCCCCGGGCUGCUCACCUCCCUGCUGGCCCUCAAACCCGAGUGCCAGCUCUCGGCUCUGGAGGGCAUCAAGGCCUGCAUGACGUGUUACCCGCGGGCCUGCGGCUCCCUCCGGGGCAAACUAGCUGCCUAUUUCCUGUCCCGAGUGGACGCUGAGUCGCCCCAACUGCAGCAGCUGGCGUGCGAAUGCUACGCACUGCUGCCCUCGCUGGGCGCGGGCUUCACCCACGGGCUGAAACACACGGAGUGCUGGGAGCAGGAGCUGCACGCGCUGCUGGCCACGCUGCACGGCCUGCUGGGAAACCUCUACGAGGGCGCCGAGACCGACCCCCUGCCCUACGAGGGCCCAGGCGUGGAGCUGCUGCUGCCUCCGGCGCCGCCCGAUGGGGAGACCAACUUCAUCCUGACCCUCUGCAACCGCUUCUCCGGUCUGGCCAAGUGCCUGCAGCUCCUGCUGAGCAGUGAGUUUGUGGCUCCCGUGACGGUUCCAGUCCAGGACGUUCUGGAUCUCGUGUGCCGGGCUCUGAACAUCUCCAUCAAGAACAUCAGCUGGUUCGGCGACGGGCCCCUGAAAAUGCUGCUGCUGCCGUCUGUCCACCUGGAGAUCCUGGAUGUGCUGGCGGCCCUGAUCCUGGCGUGUGGGGCCCGGCUGGCGCGCUGGGGCAGCGUUCUGGGCCGGCUCUUCCCUCAGGUGCUGGGUGCCUGGAGCAGCAGCAGGGACUCGGUGCCGCUGGGCCAGGAGAAGCCCUACAGCGCCGUGCGCACCCGGCUGUACCAGGUCCUGGAGCUGUGGGUGCAGGUGGGCGGGGCCGGCGCGGGGGUGCUGCAGGGCCCCCCCCACCGCAGCGAGGCCCUGCUGGCCCACCUGUUGAGCGACAUCGCACCCCCCACCGACAGCGUCAAGCUGAAAGUGGAGCGCCCCGGCUCGGAGGGGAAGCCCAGCGCCCCCAAGAAGCCGAAGCUGUCGGAGGGGGGUGACGCCCCCUCCCUGCACCGCAAGCAGGACCCCAUGGCCAACAGCGACGUCUGUAAGGCGGCUCUGCAAGUGCUAAGCCGGGCCAUCCUGCUGGGAGGAAGCCUGGUCAAGGAGGAGACCCACAGGAGGCUGCAGGAGCUAGUGGUGCCGCUGCUGCUCCGCCUGGCCCAGGGGGACGUCCCCCCCGGGAGCCCCUACGCCAGCCCGGCCUGUCGCCACCAGCUGUACCGCCUGCUGCUGGCCCUGCUCCUGGCACCUGCGCCCGCCUGCCCCCCACCCCUGCACUGCGCCCUGCGGGCCUUCACCCUGGGCCAGCGGGACCCCAGCCUGCAGGUGUCGUCCUUCUGCGCCGAAGCCCUGGUGACCUGCAGCGCCCUGGCGCGCCCUCGGGUGCCCUCCCUGCAGCUGCCCUUCCCCGGCCCCGCCCCCUUGGCCGGCCCCGCCCCUGCAGACCUGGGCACCUCUCCCUUCCGCCAGGCCCCGCCCUUCCCCGCCCCGCCGCCCGCCCGCCCCCCGUCCGCCAACCACCUGGGGCUGGCGCCGCCCCGGCUGCCCCCUUCCGCCGCCCCUGGCCUGGCACUGGCGGAGGAGCCCGGGGAGGCGGGCGACCCCCGGCUGCUGGCCCCGUCCUCGCCCGGGGGCGCGGAGGAAGGGGGAGCGGGGCUGGGGGGCAAGCCCCGGCGCCCCGUCUACGUGCACUACGAGAAGGAGGAGGAGUCGGACGUGGAGAUCUCCCUGGAGAGCGACUCUGACGACAGCGUGGUCAUCGUCCCCAAGGGGCUGCUGCCCAAGCCCCCCCCGCCGCCCCCGCCGCCUCCUGCACCCCCCUCCCCGCCCCCCGCCCAGCCCCCCGAGGAGCCGCCCGCCGCCCCGCUCCCGCCCCCCGCCGGCGAAGCGCUGCCCGGCCUGGGCGAGGAGAACCCGGCCGUGAUCAACAUCAACAGCAGCGAGGAGGAGGAGGAGGAGUUCCCGGAGGACGAGGAGGAGGAGGAGGAGGAGGACGAGGAGGAGGAGGAGGAGGAGUACUUUGACGAGGAAGACGAAGACUUCGACGAGGAGGAGGAGGAGGAAGAGGAGGAAUUUGAGGAGGAGGAAGAGCUGGGGGAGGAGGAAGAGGAGGAGGAGUACGAGGAGGAGGAAGGCCUGUCGGAAGAAGAGGAGGAGGAGGAGGAGGAGGGGGCCCUGUCGGAGGAAGAGCGGGCGCCUCCCGCCCCCCAGGAGCUGCCGGCCGCGCCCGGGGAGCCGGACGAUCUCAUCAUGGAGGUAGAGGAGAGCCAGGCCCCCGGUCCGCUGCCCCCCGAGGAGGUGGAGGAGGAGGAGGAGGAGGUGGUGGUGAUGAAGGCUAGUCCCCCGCCCGCCCCGCAGCCACCGCCGCGGGAGGAGGAGGAGCUGCCGCCCACCCCACCCCAGCAAGCCAGCCCCCUCCAGGCCCCGCCUCCCGCCCCAGAAGAGAUGGGGGAGGAGCCCCCGCUGCUGGAAGCCCCGCCCCCCAUUCUGGAGGAGGAGCGGCCCCCCAAGGAGGAGGGGGCACCCCCGGCGGGGGAGCAGGGAGAUGGCGAUGGAGAGGGGGCGCAGCCCAGCCCCGAGCGGGAGCAGCCGGCUGUGAAGGCAGAGGCAGAGGCAGACGAGACGGAGACUAUGCUGGCUGACUUCAUCGACUGUCCCCCGGACGACGAGAAGGAGCCCCCCGAACCCGGCCCCUAGAGGGUCACCCUGAUUCACCUGCCCACACUGGGAAUCCCCCCAACCAGCCCCCCCCCCACUGUGUGUCCUGGAUGGUUCAAUAAACACCCCCCCCCUCCA